UCACAGCAGAGAAAGAAGGAGGGACGGGUGGAGGGUAGACAGAAAGAGAGAUACUGCCUCUCAUUGUGCUCCCUCUGGCUCAGGAAAAGACUGGACACAAAAAGAUAUUUGAUAUUUGGUCUCUGGGUUUUAGUUUUGGACUUUGUGUGGAGAUGAAGCUUCUCCUCAGAGCUCUGAGUGCUCUGCUCUGCUGCUCGCUGUCCUCCUCACAAACACUGGAUCCUGCUGGGAGCAACGUCUGCCACAAUAUCAGGGACCCCUCCACCCUGGUCUGUUGCACUGGAUGGCGUCAAGAAGGGAAAGAGUGCACCAUACCUGUGUGUGAGGCUGAGCAGGCCUGUCUGAAGGAUGAGAUCUGUGUGUAUCCAGGAGUGUGUCGCUGCCCACCUGGCUACUACGGAGCUCACUGUAAAACACGCUGUCCUGCUGAGUUCUGGGCUCCAGACUGUCGCAAGGUGUGUCAGUGCCACCCACACGGCCGCUGUCACCCUGUCACCGGUGAGUGCACCUGCAACUCCAACCGCUGGGGUCCACUGUGCCAGUAUGCCUGCAAGUGCGGCCGGCACGGCCACUGCAACCCAGUCCACGGAAACUGCACCUGCGAUGAGGGAUGGUGGACACCAACCUGCUCCAAGCUGUGUCAGUGCGUCAGCGGGGGGUCUGCGGGCCCCGGCUGCGACCAGCUAACAGGCCGCUGUCGGUGCCACAGGGGCCACUGGGGGCUGAAAUGUCCCAUCGCUUGCAACUGCUACAUGUCGGCAUGUAAUCAGCGUACCGGUGUGUGUGAGUGCGAGGCAGGCUGGUGGUCAUCCAGCUGUGACCGGCGAUGUAACUGUGACUUCACGCACAGCAGCUGUGACCCGGCCAAUGGGGAGUGCGUGUGCCACCCGGGGUACCAGGGUGUCUUCUGCAACCAGCCCUGUGAAGCUGGGAAAUACGGCAGUGGUUGUACAAUGAGUUGUGGUUACUGUAAAGACAACCAGAUCUGCUCUGACACUGAUGGCGCCUGUGAUGCCUGUCAGUCCGGCUGGAACGGGACACGAUGCGACCGCCCGUGCCCGGCCGGUUCUUAUGGCGCCGGCUGCCAGGAGGAGUGUCCACGUUGCAGGAACAAAGAACCCUGUGACCCAAAAACUGGGAACUGUUGGAGGUGUGACCCUGGGUGGAUUGGUCCCAGGUGUGAGGAGGCCUGCACUAACAGGACGUUUGGAGACGCCUGCAGCUUCCUGUGUAGCCCUUGUUUCCAUGGUAACUGCCAUCACGUGACAGGAAGAUGUGUCUGUCAGCCAGGCUUUCAGGCAGAGAGCUGUAACAGCAGCUGCCCCGCCCUGCAGUUCGGCCUCAAUUGUUCCUCCGCCUGCGACUGUGGUGAGGGGGGCGGCUGCGACCCCGUCACUGGUGUCUGCCCCAACAGUGGCAGAGCUGCAGUUAUAGCAGGUGUGCUGGUACCUUUGCUCCUGUUGCUCCUCGCUGUGCUCUGCUGCUGUUUGUGUUGUGGGGGAGGUCCUGUUGAUGGCAAAGACAGGGCGACUUUGGCUGAUGGAGGCUUGUCAGUUCGGAUGAAAUAUCACGUCUACAGUGUCCUGGCGAACAUCGGUGCUGCCCUCCCCUGUAUUUCUGACUGGUCCUAUGGCCUGCCCCGUGUCACCGUGUCUCACCAUGACCCAGAGCUGACGUUCAACCACAGCUUCAUUGAGCCUCCUUCCUCUGGCUGGGUGACUGAGGGGUCGUCCUUCGACAGUGAUGAGGAGGAGGGAGAGGCGCUCUACUGUGUCCCUCCGAGAGAAGACAUCCUGGCGGUGGCGGGCGGCGAGUUCCACGAGAUGAGCUCAAAGUGUAACAUGUUCUUAGACCCGUCCGGCUUCAGCAGUGAGGACAUCACCUCGCCCUUCAACAUCCCUCGCACCUCCAGCAUCGCCAAGUCCAAGAGGCCCUCAGUCUCUUUUGCAGAGGGCACCCGCUUCAGCCCCAAGGAGAGGCGUGGCUCGGCUCAGGACCCCGCCGCUCUCCCCGGACACCCACGCAACAAACCUAAGUCACCCUGGGGUGUUUUGAUGCUGUCUGCCCUCCAAAGUCAGGGAAGUGCGGCUAGAACUGGGGAGGAAGAUGCAGCUGAAGGUGAUGAGGGGGAAUAUGAAGUGGAUAUGCAGGCGACGGACAAUCAGGAAACAAACUCUGAGUCGGGGGACCAGGAAGACGACAGAACCCCCGCCCGUGCCACCCUGCAGGUCCCUGGGGCAUCAGGACGAAGGCGGACUAUGUCCAACACAGCUGCUCAUAAAGUGAACCAGCUGCCAACAUCUGCCUCAGAUGCUCAGGUUGGGCUCUUAAAUAAGGUCACCACGGUGUAUGUGACGGUGGGUAAGGCAGGUAGGCCCGUGUCGAAGACGGAGACGAGCUCUGAUGGCCCCGUUCAGGCCAUGCUGCGGCGAAUCGGCAGCCUCCAGAGACAAAGGGAGCAGGAGUCUGGCAGGCCGAAGCCCAAAGGAGCUGAAGCGAUUAUCAAACCCCCCAGGAGGAAGCUCGGCGCUCGGGCGAGUGUGUGGGAGGAGGGCGGGCCGCCUGCAGGGGAGGUCGGCAUAUGUAAGCCAAUCAGGAGAAAGCAUGCUUCUAUUAACACCUCUGACACAGCUGGUGCUAGUGACACAUCAUCAGAGAGCGGCACUCCUAAAAGGCCUCUGUCGUCCAUUUUGAAGAGCGUGCCAGAGGUGGCUUCGGCUGACUCAGGGUCAGAGCUGAGGGCUGAGGGUGGCGACCCCACUACAGGAAAAACUGAGGUCACCUACCUGACCGUGGGACCAGCAGGAGACGCUGUGAGUCUCACUGAGGUCAUCGCCAACGAAGGUGCAGUGGUCAGUGUGAACGAUGAACCCUGCUAUGAAAACAUCAUGAUUAAACACUCAUAACCUCUGAGAAGCCGUAUGUCAGCAGGUCACAUAUUGAUUCUGAUUCAAACACGACUGCAUAUUUAUCCCUCUGCAGUUAUAAUGUUACAGGCACAAAGGGAAAAGAUAAGCUUAGAUUCUACAGACUAUAGAUGAAACACAUUCAAUUAUUUUUUGAGGUUGAAAGAUAAAUAGAUAACAAAAGAAAUAUCAACUGAGCGAUAAUUGUUUUUAUUUCCUUCAGUUAUGCAUGUUGUAUUAAUUGUAUACAUACAAGUCUGGAGUCCUUUUUGAACAUCUGGGUUGUACCAGGAAGACAAGAGUAAACAACGGCAAAGGUAGUUGUGAAGCAUCAUGAAGUGUGUUCUUGAUGGUUUUUAUUGGUCAUGGAUGACAAUACAAGUAAGAACAGACUUUGUUGUGAAUAUGCAAUCAAACGUCCGACGUCACUCUGAAUCAGUGACACAUCGUUCAAACAUCCGUCAAAGAAUCGCUACAAUGCAACAAGACUGCUUUGUCAGUGUAUUAUAGUUUGGUAUUAUAUUUUUCAUUUCAAGUCAGAAACCGUGAUGUUUUCUACGACCUACAGUCAAAGUCCCUCCUGCCUACUGCUCUCUGACCUCUGACCUCUGACCUGACCUCUGAUGUGACUUGAUGCUGCUGUUGGGUAAAAACCCCAGUUCUGCAAUUUAGGGCUUUUUCUUUUCAUUACUCAAGAGGAUAUCUGUACAACCUCUUAGUGGAUGAAAGCCUUGUGUUAUAUUUUGUUAUUCACUGUAUAUAUGCUUUUGAUUAAUAAGUGGAAAAUAAACAUUUUUUAAUUUGUAA